UGUUGUCAUUCGUUUUUAGUUGGUUUUAAAAAAGUUGCUCGCAUUCGCACCUCGAAGUGGCUGCUUCAGUAGAUUACUGGAUCCGCGGCAACAUUCGCGAAAUCGUUAGAACAAAAUUCCAGUGACAAAGUUCCAGUGAAAUGAACAUGGACGAUGAUCAGUUCGACCGGUUGGAUGUGCUGCUAGAGCACCACGAAGACAUCGGUACCCGACAGAUCAGCCAGGAGCCGGAACGUAUUUCGGACGAAAGUUUCACGCGGAUUUGCUCAAAUUGUUGCUCUGGUGUGGAAGGGUUAACCGAUGUGUUACAACCGCUACUGGAUAAACUGGCCAGUAUCGGCACUGAUCGUAGUGAUCCGAAUGCUGCAUACGAAAGAGGAACGGUUCUAAGAGAGAUUAUCUCGGAAGUCUUAACGCGCAUAGAUGACUUCCGGUCUCUCGAACAAUAUUUAUGGUUGGUUAAAUUCUCCGUUGGAUUGAGCCUUCUACAAAAUGUUCCAGCGGGGAUAAGUUUUGAAACGAACAGGGUCAUUCGAGCUGUGUCCAAUCUAGACACGGAAACGUACGAGUUCGACCCGCUAAUGAUUCACACAAUUGCUAAAAAUCUACUCGAAGACAUCCCGCUCGAUGGUAUGAACCUGAUUCAUGUGAUCAAAAAAUUAGCCGUACUCAACCAGAAACUGUUCUACUACGUCUCAACGACGCUAAUAUUCGCCGGUAUCUGUCGCUACACAGCCGAAGCCGAACCAACGCCGAUUAAAAUGUACCGGCUGCACAGCUUUCCGGAAGUUCUCGCACAGCUGGAGACGCUCAAAAUCGGUGAUCUGCAGCGUAAGCUGGACAUCCGUCGGUUGUUUUUGCUGUUGAAGCUACUUUCCGCCUAUCAGAAUGCGGUCAUUCUAAGGCACAGUGCCGUGGUGCGACGGGACGUGGAGGAACAGCAUCAGUGUUUUGCGGAGUUUUUCCGCGUUUCGCUGGUUGAGAAAAAGGUCUACCUGCGUUGGCUGUGCACGGUGCGGAAUGUCGUGAGCAGUUUGAACAGUAAAUCAUGCCUGCAGAAGAUUGCGGAUAAGGAGGAUUUUCUGCUGGUGAUUGAACUAAUUGAUCUGGAUAUGAUACCGUUGAUGGAAGAUGACAUAGGCGAAGAGAAGUAAGUGUGCUCAAAUUAUCUGCGUUUCGAAUUCCAUGAUGAUUAUAGUGAUAUGAGGCAAUCCUUCAAAAUUUGAAAUGUGAUACUCAGUUGCUUUAAUGCUUCGAUUUAAAAUAAAUGUUAGGAUACCGUUCGCGUGUUAAACGUUCAAAA